ACACACACUUGGAAUUCUAAUAUGUGUGUUGAAAGUAUAAAUACUUUCUCUCUACUCCCACUAAUAGAAUGCUAAAAUGUAUAUUCAUACUGCACAGGAACAUCAAGUAAACACUUCUGACCCAUAUUAACUUUUGGUGCAUGUUAAAAGCACCCAGACACAACCUGUAUUUAUGAAAAAGCAGAUUUCUACAUCCAGGCAAUGCACUGGCUAACAGAGUGUGAUUGCUUUUGACUACAUUUGUGCUAUCAGCCUCAACUAGUCAUUCUGACUGUACCAAACAACAAACCCAUUCCCUCUUAAAACAAACAAACAGGCGUCUGAAUUUGCAUUCAGGAUCUAAGCAGAAUAGGAACCUGACAGUAGCAUUUUAUUAAGGGGGGGAGGAGAGAUUUGGGUUUGUUUCCUUUCAAUAAUUAGUGGAGAUAGAAAACACAUGUGUUGGGAUUGAAUUUUUUGAAGACUUUUUCUAAAUCAGUUCAUCAAUUCGCUAAUUAUGGCUGGGAGAGAGAAAAAAUUCUCCCUAUACAUAUUUUUUCUUUCCCCCCCUGUGAACAUCAGAGUGGGGAGAGGGGUAAAUGUGUGUGUGUGCGUGGGGGGAGAUAUGGCUUCUGAGAAGUAGAUGUUAUUUCAGAUUUCUGUGGGAUUUUAUUUUCUGGGAACAAAGAGCAACUGCUAUUAAAGAACUACUCGAAGACUUGUGCAUAUUUCCACUGCUGUGUAGCAGUUUUAAUACAACAUCUGUUCUUGCUUCUGCUGAUGAGUUUACAUAAUUGUUUGCAGACCAAUUUAACAAGAAAUAGCCCUAGAUAUUUCCCUGUACAUGUUUUCAUGCGGGAAAAUAAUAAAUACCUUUUCCAAGUGACAUACCUUGAUGAAAUACUUUCAAGAAAUCCCAAUACUGGUUAAAAUAUAAAUUGAAUAAAAAUCUAGUGCAUUAAAAACGCUAGACUGAGGAGUGCAAUCAGUAGAACAUAAUCUAAUGAUGCCUCAUUUAUAUUUGCAUGAGUUUUUCUCCCAAGAAACAUGAUUUUUCAGGAGGGAAAGCAUUCUAUUUUAAGUUUCUUUACGGCAGCUGUUUACUGUUCACUAUAAAUCGACCAGACUUUUAAGCCUUGCCCUCUGUUUAGAGAAGUAAUAAAACACUUAACUUUCUCCACUCCUAGUCGCACGGUUAUCAGACAGGUCUUUAAUACAAGAGCCCGGGAGCACCUAUACAAAAAUUAAUCCCUCCAAGCCAAGACUUUUCCAAAACUUCAACAAGACUGGGAUUAUUAUAAAUGCAUCUUUAUAGGUGAAAGAAGCCACAUAAAUCACACCCACAUAGAAUUAUAUCUGUAUAUCUUCCAAGGAUUCCUGCUACUUUCAAUUUACUCUCCAAGUACAUUUGGACCAUAAGUAACACAUAAGGUAAGGCAACAUACCAAGAGGAAGCAAACGACCUCCAUUCAUUCAUGCAUGCAUGCAUGCAUUCAGUUUAUUGUACAUUGCCCCAGUUUCAUAUCUGGAAGCAGUGCAAUCGUUGGUUUCCAAAGUAACAUGGUUUCAAAUGAGAUUGUUCCUAUAGGACAUAUACAUACAUACAUAUAUUCACUGUUAUAAUCUAUAUAACAUAUAUGUAUCUGUAGACACAUGCAUCUGCAUGUGUAUGUGGCUGGGUGUGCAAUAUGUCAACACCAGGGGGAUAGCAUAUGUAGUUUUUUUGUUCCGUUUUGUUUUGUUUCCAUAAAUACCCACGUAUAAUGGCUGGGGGAGAGGGAGAAGAGUGGGAAGACAAGAAACCAAACUAAACUUCGUUUUUUGGAAAAUACCAGUAAAUCUUCACAUUGGGCAUAAUUCGUAUAUCUGUACUAGGCUGGUCACAAGUUGAACACUGUAGAGUGGGAGCCAAAGUAUGGUCAGCAACAAGGGCACAUGUGCUAAAUAACAUGGUGUGUACUUCCAGCUAUCUUCAUUUUGCUCAGAAACUUUAUUUUAUUUUCCUAGUGACACUCAAGGGAAGCCUUAAUGUUACAGAAGAUGAAUACACGAGCUUUUUUUUUUUUUUUUUUUUUUCAGUUGUAGUCUCGUUUAUGGCUUUAUUGCCACCAUUGAUUACUUUGCUUUGUUACACAGAGGAAAAAGAUCAUAAAAUCCUUUGGCAUCCGGGUUCCUGUUAUAGCUAGGGGGGAAAUAUAGCUUCCCCCCUCUUCUUUGUAAACUAAAAUCUUUUAGGGGAGACAUCGCUAAAAAGGAAUUAAGUGUAUUGAGUAAUAGCAAGAAAACAUCUUUAGAUGUUCGAAUUUUUACCCUGCAACUUUGAGCCUGCAUCUCACCAGACCACUCUACACAAAUCCUAAAUUUGAAGAAAAAGGCCAAGGAUUUCCUGGCAUAAUUGAAUUUUUAAAUAGCAAGCCACAAGAAUGAUGAAUAUACCUUGCAAUAUUUACAGAUCAGCAGGUAUGUUUUACAUUUAAGGAGCAAUUUAUGGGACUGGAUUGAAAUUAAAAUUAGAUUAGCUGCCUUCAUUUCAAUUAGUUCUAGGUGCAAUUCUCCAAGACAAGAGAUAAUAUAAUCCUCUUUAAUCUAACCAAAUAUUUGCAAAGGAAGUUUCCUAAAUCUCUUGUAAAUAUUUGAAACCAUAAAUUUCUGUAAACGUAAACAAGAGGUGCUGUCCUCAAGCAAGACCUCAAAAUGUACUUAAAUUGGAAAUAGGAAAAGAGUGAGUUUUGUUGCGGUUGCUGUUGAAAAUGUAAAUAUAUUCUAACAGUACCAACCAUUGAAAAUUACAAGGGAAAUAUUCAGGACAGGAAUGUCAAACUGUACUAAAAGAGAACAUCUAACUUCCAGAUUAAUGUGAAUUCGGAAUGUUGUCUCUUUUUAUUGCAACUUCCUUCCAAAUCCAUAGUUCAGGAAUGUUCUAAAAGCCACAUUAUCAGUUGAGCAGACGCCAUGUCUUUUUUCUUUUUGCUCGCUUUAUGUAAUAUUUUCUCAUAAAGAACACAACCAUUUGAUUCCAUAAUAUUGACCAAUGCUCCAUGAGAAAACGAAGAAAGAUGGAUAAUUUAUGAAUUAAUCUUCUGUGGGCACCUGAGAUAUAUUACUUUGAAUUCUGGGCUAUUUUGUGAUCAGAUAUCAGGAAAGCAUAAAAAAUUCUGUGCUUCAAAAGCUCAGUGUUGAAAAAAAUAAUAAAAGAGAGAGCGAGCGAGACAGAGAAAGUUAGAUUUGGCUGUGAAAUUUCAAAUUUAAUUCAGAUGUGUUUUUUCCCUAAGAGCCCCCCCUUCAAAAUAUCCCCCCACGCACUUAAUAUUUGCUCUCCUUCUUCUAAGCCAUCUUAUAUUUAGAAUUUUCAAGACUUACUUUCAAUGCAUACUUAGUUUCAACUGGGGAAUCAACACAAGCAAAAGCAAUUUUUCCCUUUCUUGACAUCUAGCUUCCUAUUGGCUCAAAUCAGGUCAGCUGACUUUGUCAUUUUGUCUGUCCUGGAGUAGAGCCUUCCCUAUAACAAUCUAGUUCAGACUACAAACUGGAGACAGAAAUAAAUAUUAAAGAAAUCAUACACCCAGGUAUAGAGGAAGAUAUGAAUUCCUAUUUUACAAACCCAUCGUUAUCUUGCCAUCUAACCAGUGGCCAAGAUGUGCUACCCAAUGUAGCUCUCAAUUCAACGGCUUAUGACCCCGUCAGGCAUUUUUCUACCUAUGGAGCAGCCGUUGCUCAAAACCGGAUUUACUCUUCUCCUUUUUAUUCACCGCAAGAUAAUGUUGUGUUUAGUUCCAGCCGAGGACCAUAUGACUAUGGAUCUAAUGCUUUUUACCAAGAAAAAGACAUGCUUUCUAGCUGCAGGCAAAAUUCUAUGGGACACAAUACACAGACUUCCAUUGCACAGGAUUUUACCAGUGACCAAAACAGGAACACUUCGCAAGAACAAAAAACUAGCAUUCAAAUAUAUCCAUGGAUGCAACGCAUGAACUCCCACAGUGUUUGCUUUGUUUCUGAAUCCCUAGGAGUCGGCUAUGGAGCGGAUCGUAGAAGGGGUCGCCAGAUCUAUUCCCGCUACCAGACCCUGGAAUUGGAAAAGGAAUUCCACUUCAAUCGCUACUUGACAAGGCGGAGGAGGAUUGAGAUCGCCAAUGCACUUUGCCUAACGGAGCGUCAGAUCAAAAUCUGGUUCCAGAACAGGAGGAUGAAAUGGAAAAAAGAAAGUAACUUGAGUUCCACUCUGUCUGGGGGAGGAGGCGCAGGCGCUGGGGCAGCUGCAGAUAGCUUGGGUGCAAAGGAAGAGAAGCGAGAAGAGACAGAGGAGGAAAAGCAAAAGGAGUGAAAAUUGACGGCUCAGCCCCACAUGCCCCCCCCACUCCCCACCUCCACCCCUCCCCACAUACACGCUAUAUUUAUCACUGGCACAAGUUAUAUGUUUGGCUACAUUAAAAAAAAAUAAGAGCCAAACGUGAACAUGAAAGACAGACCUUCCCCCACUCUCACUCCCCAUUCCUCAAUAUUCAGUUCAGAACUUGCUCCACAAUCCCUUUUAGGUUUUGAGUAUAAACCCUCACCUACUCCCCAUCUUGCCUAUUUAUCUAACUUUGAAUACAGUUUUCUUCCUAAAAAGAAAUUGGCUUGCAGGAGGCAGAACACCCUGUAGUGUUGCCUAGUUGUAUUGGGAUGAUCCUUGUAAGAUGGAUUCUAUGCAGUUGUUUUAUUAUUAUUAUUAUUAUCAUCAUCCAGAAAACGAGUUUCCCACCAUGUUGAAAAUAAUUCCCUGAAAUCUCUUUCCACGUAAAUAUAGCAUUUUCAAGAGUAACCUAAUUGUAUUUAAACAAUACCUGGGCUCAUCAUUGCAAACUGUGACAGUUUAUGUGUGAAUAUUUUUAGCUGUAUUUGUGGUAUCUGUAUUUAUAUUUAUGUUUAGCACUGUAAUGUUCAACAGUAUAAAGUGAAUGGAGGUCUAUAGCAGUAGAAAAAAAAAUCUUGUGUUACACCCUCUCAUGUAUAAAGAUCAUGUCCAGAGGACUAUUGUUGAGUAUUUAAUAAAACUGAAUAUUAUUUUUAAAGUUUA